GCAAAGCGGUCAUCACCAAUUAGUUUGGUGAUUAAAUGACGCUUGGAAUAUGAGUUUAUGUGUAACUAGUUAUUAAAAACAAUCGUUCGAGGUGAAUUGACAUUGUUUAGUCGUCACGUUUCAUUGGCAUUUAACAUCUACAGAAUUCUGUGCUAAAACAACGAUGAGACUGGACGAUAUAACCUAUAAAAUGGGGGUUUGUUUGUCAAUACGGUAACAGUUUUAACGGCUGUAAAAAAUCACAAGAAUUUAAGGAACAGUUAUCGGACAAAGCAUAGUGUAGUUUACGUUUAUGCUUGUUUGAUUAAUUGGUAUGCCACAAGAAGGAAUAUUGCAAAAUACUGUGUUCAAUACACGUUUGAAAUUUCUAAGCAUGUCAGGGAAAAGGAAAAAAGUUACAGUGACCAUGGAAAAGAAGCUAGAAGCUCUGUUUCGAAUCGAUAAAGGUGAGCCAAUGAAGAGUGUUGCUAUUGAUUUUGGAGUAGGAACAUCCACUGUUUCUGACUGGAAAAAGAAUAGAAAAGAAAUUGAGAACUUUUGUGCCAAGAUGGUUACCAGGGACAGUUUAGGUAACAGGGGGACAGUUAAGAAAGCAAAGAAUGUUACACUUGAUGAAGCCCUCUACAUGUGGUACAUUCAAGAACGUGAAAAAGGUGCCCCAAUAUCUGGGCCUAUGUUAAGGAAAAAGGCUCUCAGUCUUAACAAUAAUUUAGGUGGUGAUCCCACUUUUACUGCAAGCGUGGGAUGGCUAGGGAGAUGGAAAGCACGCCAUGGGAUCAAACUUACUCUUUCCUGUGAAAAUUUAUUGGGGGAUACCACUCUAAAUAAUAAUGGUGAUCAUCAGCUGCUAUUGGAUGACAAUCUUGUGACAGUGUGUCUGUCCACGCAAGAUGAAGUGGAAAUGAAAGAGGAAGGGGAAGAGUUAGCAAGCUUGAACCAUACUGAGGCUGUAGAAAUGCUUCAAAAAUUGAUAAAAUACUUUGAGCAUCAAAGUGAAACUUUAGGAAGUGAACUAAUGACACUGAAGCACCUACACGACCGUGUAUCAAAAAAGUGUCUAUUGACUUUGAAACAGGAACCAACUAGAGAUUUUGUUAAAUAAUAUUUACCAUUGUACAGUUAUAAAAUGCAUAAUUUCCCUAUCACCGAUCUUGCCAUUGUAAAUAAAUUAUGUAAAUAUAUAUUCCUUCGUACUUGUACGUGUGCAAGAACAAAUUUUUUUAGGUUAUCUUCGUCAGAGUUACAUAUGAAAAAAUACCCCUAAUUUAUACCUUUGGCAAUAGAACUAAAAGAAACAGAUAUUUUCGCCAAAAAGUUACUCAUAAAACCCCCUAAUUGCCGUAGUUAAAUUUACUGGUGUUUACUUAAGUUACCCACGGUAAACUUGCAAUUUACGACUUCAAGAUUAGAUUUCAAAUUGCUAAACAUUACUAUCUUAUCUACGCUUAUUUUCACACGUUACAUAUUCAAUGUUUUCUACAAUAUUCAUUGUUCUUGGCCUGACGCGUAAGGUGAGUAAAAUUUGGCCUUAAAUUUUCUAAAUAGUAUAUGAAAAUUUACGUAAUAAUAUAAGCUUUGU